AAACAGCCAAGGUGAAAGGGAGUCGAACACUCCGUUAGGCGAGUACUUUCUGUUAUGAUCAGGUUGCAUGGUUGCGAGGUUGUGUUCCCCAGGAUGUGGAAAGACAGGCAGGAGAAGCAAAGUGCAGGUAUUUACUUCAUGAGAGCUCAAACUUGUCCAAGAGGACCAUUCUUAAGGCACCUGACUCUGAAGUGGACCUGUACGUUUUCUUCCGUUUUGAACAUGUGCGAUGGAGGAUACCAGAAUGAGAGGUCACCAGACGCCAAACCAAAAAGACUUUGAGACAUCCUGGAUAAAAACCAAUGCUCCCCAUCCGAUCGGAUGAAGCUUAAGAGGUGCUGCAAAAAGGAAUGGAGGAAACUGCCCAAAAACAGACAAAGAAGAUCCCUGAAGGUCUUAUUGAUUACAAUUCUGUACAGUGCACCUAUUUGAAUCACUUCUGGUUGCGGGGGAUUCAGGUGAUAACGUGCUGGAAGUUACAAUAUCCUGACAGAAUACUGCAUUUUAGGGAGGCUCUAGCAGCUCUGAACCACAAGUACAAGCCCUUCGACAGAUUAAAGUUGUCUGACACCCUGGUCCCAGCGUGGUAUGAGAUGGAGAAGGCCAAUCUGAUCUCCGAGCUAGAGCAGAUUAGCAACGUAGCUAUCACUGCUGACGGCUGGACAGCUGUCACGCAGGAUCACUACCUCACCGUAACUGUGCACUACGUCUCGGAGUGUCAGUUAAAGGAGAAAGUCCUCAACACCAGAGCCGUGUACCAGGCUCAGACAGGGCAUGCUGCGGCCGAAGAAAUAGAUGAGAUCCUGGAAGAGUUCAAGAUCCAAACGAAGGUUGUGGCAGCAACCGUUGACAACGCUGCCAAUAUAAAUGUUGAUGCCAAGAAGCUCCACCUGCUCAAGUUUGGGUGUUUUACUCACACCUUAAAAGUGGCAGCGCAGAAGAUCUACAGCAUAUUGUCAGUAUCCAACUGGGCAGCGAGGAUCCAUGCCAUGGUGGUGUGGUUGAAACGGUCCCACAGGGCCAAAGUGGUCUUGAAGGACAAGCAGCAGCUCCUCAGUCUGCCCUUCCUUAGGCUGAUCUUGGACGUGAGGACGAGGUGGAAUUCUCUGUAUCAGAUGGUUCAGAGAUUUAUUGAGCAGUUCCCCGCCCUCAGGAAGCAGGCGGAGAAGGACCGAGUCAACAACAGCUUGGACAUCGCAGACUUUAGGAGGGCCCAGGAGUUUGUGGAGCUGAUGGAGGUGCUCCACAUCUCUACUCUCUGCGUCUCAAGUGACAGACACCCCACCUGUGGCCAGAUUAUUCCAAUCCUGCAGAAGUUGGAAGCCCGCUUCACUGUCUGCCUUUGUAAAGGCCAUCAAGCAGGCCAUUUGGGGUGAUCUGUCUAAACGCUACCAGGAAAAGGACGUGCAGUCAUUCCUGGAGGAGGCCACACUGAUGGACACCAGGAGGUUUAGAUACAGACUGGAGGAGGAUGUCGUCUGGGAGAGGCUGAAGAGAAGAGCCGUGGCAGCAAACACAGUGGAAGCAGUAGUAGAGGACCACCUCAGCCUAAAACAUUGUGCUGAAAAACUAAAUCAGUUUGAAAUGGGUUUUUUUCAAGCAGCCAGUGAAAGAGGCAGAGAGGCAAGAAAAGGAGAGUCCACCUGCUGUGAAGAAGAAGGACUCCCUGCUUGGAUGACCUGUUUCCAGCGGAGGACGAUAGUGAACUGCGCCCAUGAAACAGAGGAGCAUCCCAGACAGAGUAGACCAGGAAAUCCAGGUGUACAGAGGCCUUCCUUGCACCAACAUGCAGGCCAACACUGCCAUUUGGUGGUUUGGUAAGAGAGACACUCUGCCCCUCCUAUAUGAUCUUGCUCAAACCUAUCUGUGUGUCCAAGCUAGUUCCACGCAAAGUGAACGUGUUUUUUCGACCGCUGGUGACGCGAUUAGCAAAGAGAGGGUCAGACUUGAUCCAGAAACAGCAGACCCAUUACCUCCCUGCUUGGCACACAGCAUCGAAGGUUGGAAUUGGGGGUUUAAAUCACCAAAAAUGAUUCCCGGGCGCGGUCCCCGCUGCUGCUCACUGCUCCCCUCACCUCACAGGGGGUGAUCAAGGGUGAUGGGUCAAAUGCAGAGAAUAAUUUUGCCACACCUAGUGUGUGUGUGACAAUCAUUGGUACUUUAACUUAACAUGCUAAUUUUUUUGAAGAAGAAUUGUUGAUUGAUGACUGUUGCAUUCUUAGUGUCAUAGUGUGUGUAGUUAGUAUGUUCCAACAGCUGUAGUUAGUAUGUUCCAAUAGCUGUAAUUAGUAUGUUCCAAUAGCUGUAGUUAGUAUGUUCCAAUAGCUGUAGUUAGUAUGUUCCAAUAACAGCAGAAGUGCACUUUUUGGAGAGCUGUAUUAUUUUCAGUUUUGUGCCCAAGGGACUGAUUUUAUUUAACACUAUAUUAUUAUUUAUACACCUAUAGUGUUCACAGAGACAGGUUGUUUUUGUGUUACCGUAUAUAUUUGUUUUUCAGAAAAAUACAACUUAAUAUACUUUGGGUAACAACAGUCAAUAUUUAUUUAUUUUAUUUUAUUUUUUUAGGGGGGUAACAGUCAAUAUUUAUUUAUUUAUUAGAUUUUAUUUUUUUCUUAUAAUAAAAGUGAGCUUUUGUUUAACCAAAUAUUGUGUGUUUUUUUCCAUAUACAACAACCUAUCUGGACUCGAUAAGAGAAUCGAUAAGGAAUCGGUUCGAUAAGAGGAUUCGAUAAUAGGCUCGAACUUUUGUUUGUUUGUUUUUUUAGUUAGAAUUAAAAAUGUAUUUAAAUUCACGUCUUGCACGCGCCAACUUUCCAUUGCCUUCUGGGAGAACAAACCACGCCAUAGACCCAGUCCUGACAGUAUGUCGCCAGCAGAAAAAUUCUCCCGCAAGAAAGUUGGACAGUUUGGAUGAG